AUGGUUGAUCUUAGUAAUCAUGUUACAAGUAGUGGAAACACGGGUAAUACUCAAGGUUUUGAGGAAUUCACCAUAGACUCGUCACACUCGUUUUAUGUUCAUCCUUCAUAUAGUCCUAGUAGUCAAUUGGUUUCAAUACCUUUUAAUGGGACUGGUUUUGUUCAUUGGCGUAGUAGUAUGGUGACAUCCCUAACUCCAAAGAACAAAUUAGGAUUGAUAACUGGGAAAAUAGCUCAACUUGACACUAAUUCACCUCUGUACUCAUUUUGGGAAAGAUGUAACGACAUGGUGAAAGCCUGGAUCAUUAACUCCUUAACUAGAGACAUUGCUAUUAGUGUAAUGUGCCUUCCCACUGCUAAAGAGGUUUGGAGUGAUAUAAAUGACAGAUUUGGUCAAUCAAAUGGUUCCAAAUAUAUCCAAAUACAGAGGGAAAUUAGUUCAGCCUCUCAAAGUUCCUCUGCUAUUACAACCUAUUUUACAAAGAUGAGAAGCCUCUGGGAUAAACUAUCCUCAGCCUAUGUUAGUCCAACCUGCUCUUGUGGGGCUCUUCCUAAAUUCAUAGAGGAUCAACAUCUAUUUCAGUUUCUUAGUGGUUUAAAUGAGUCCUUUUCAACAGUGAAGAGUGGAAUCUUGAUGUUGUCACCCCUACCCUCUAUUAGCAAAGCUUACUCGCUUCUCCAAUAUGAUGAAAGCCAGAAAGAAUCUCAUCCCAUUGUUCAGGGAUUUUCUGGUGAUUCAGCAUCUUUUUCUGCUACCACUAGUUCAAAUAGGACUUAUAAUCAGAAGGUGAGUUUUGAUCCUAAAAGGAACUCAUCUAGUUAA